AACCUACAUGCCUGAGUAACUUAACUCAAGUUAGUACAAACUUGUGUUUAUUAAACUCUAGAGUUUAACCUACAGAAUUGAAAACACCGAAGGAUUAUGACGCGCGGUUGCUAGUGAGGGCCAUUUUAAUUUUGUUGGGUUAUAUUUCUCCCACCAGUCGAGCAGUCAUUCGUUGGGCGUUACACAGGAUGCCGCGUCGUUGUUUAGCGUUGAAAAACUUUUAUCUAGCAUCGUGAUCUAUAAAAAAAGUCGUAAAUCGCUUGCAAAAAGUUUUAAUUUGAUAAAGUAUGGUUAAUUUAAAGUGUUUUGUGUAAUUUUGUGGGUAAAAAUCUAUGUGUAACGUUGUGCAUUCUUGGUGAUUCAUCUCGUGAACAAGAAAUCCGUUGUGUCGUGGUGUAUAUGUGCCGGUUGUAAUGUGCACACUUAUUAUGUGAUUUUCUGGAAUUUUGUUAAUAAGAAGAUUCUUUCACAGUUGGAUAAAUAAUAUGAUGAUACCACAGCACAAACGAAGAAGUCCAGUUUAUUUAUAAAAUUCCGGCUAUAAAAUGGAAGGGAAAAAGAUAUCAGUAUUGAUACUAUGUUUCCUGUUGUCGGCGGCAGCUGACUUCACCGCGAACUGCCCGCAGGAGUGCAAGUGUGUGUGGGCGAGCGGCAACAAGCAGGCAGAUUGCUCAGAGGCCAACUUUCACGACAUACCCAAGACUCUCAGCGCAGAAAUACAAAUUCUCGACCUCACGGCCAACGAACUAUACGAAAUAACACGACACGCCUUCGAAGACGUUCGACUGAUAAAUUUAAAGAAACUAAUAUUAAGGGAGUGUAAACUCAUAACCAUACACAAAAAUGGACUCAGCGGUCUCGCUAUUAUGAUCGAAUUAGACUUAUCGAAAAACGAUUUAAAAACCCUACACCCGGAAACAUUCAGAGAGACAGCGAAGAUAAGAUGGAUUUUACUUAACGACAAUCAAAUCGAGAAAUUAGAAGAUGGAUUAUUCAAUAACCUUCCCUUCUUACAGAAAGUCGAUUUAAGUAAUAAUCGAAUCGUCCAAUUGGGAUUGAAAACUUUCAUGAACUUACCCAAAUUAAAUAUUCUGCGACUCGACGGUAACAAGUUGGAGCACAUGAAAUUGGAUACCAUAAAUUCAUUACCUUUAUCGAAUUUAGACAUCCACGAUAACCCUUGGCGAUGCGAUUGCUAUCUACAACCGUUCAGGAAUUGGGUCAUCAGUAAAAACCUAUAUACAUCGCCUAUAGCAUGUAGUGAACCGCCUAAAGUUCACGGUAAACUGUGGAAAGAGCUAGAUUCAAGUGACUUUGCUUGCCGGCCGAGCAUUGUCUAUCCAACCUCGAAAACUACUCUUCGCUCAUCCGAUACAAAUGUAACACUCUCUUGUCAAGUUGAUGGCAAUCCAUUGCCAGAGGUAAAUUGGGUAUUGAAUGCUCAAAUUAUCGAUGGAACGUACAGAUACCAAGGUGAAGUAAAGUACCUUAUUACGCAGAACAAUUCAGAGAACAGUAAGUGGGUCAAUUUGACAAUUAUCGACGUUGGUACCACUGACAAUGGAGAAUAUUUAUGUGUGGCUAAGAACCCUGGCGGUGUAGAGGAACAAAGCCUUAUUUUAAAUAUAGCACCUACAACGCCAGGAAUCGUAGUACCACCUGGCAUGGAUAAUAACAUGUUACCAGUAUUAAUUGGCGUUUCAUGUGCAGCAGCUAUACUGUUGAUACUCUUGGUAAUUAUCUGCUAUUGCUGCUGUCGUAGAAGAAGUUCAGAAAAGAAGAAAGGAGAUGUAUCUAAUGGAGAGGCAUUGAUAGAAGGGUCGGUUAUUCCAGAAAUGGAGAAGAGUUUGAUUACAGCAGUCAAUCCGGUGACUAAACCACCAAGAAGGUACGAUAUGCCACCAACCAUUACCAACGGAGCUACAGAGAUGUCAGAACUUAAUAAAACGCUAUUGGACAACGAUUCUGUUUUUGCUCACAACGACGAUGAAAAACGAUCGCUAGAUUUCGAACAACAAACAAAGCGAUCUCAAGACGCACUCAACGUGGAAUACGGUCGCACUGAUGGGCGAGCCUAUCCACCGGACCUGCUGUCCUUCCCAGCAAGAGCGGCGCAGAUAUCUCCGGCAGCUAGCAACGCUUCUACUGUGCCUGACACAAGCAGGUUGCAAAUAAAUCCCGUUAGUCCCAUACAUUCGCCAAUAUACGGUGUGGCAACUAAUCAAAACCUCUUUAGAACAUUACCUUAUUCCCGUUCUCAGUCCCCAUUUACGGCACCGAUUACGCCUCCUAAUAUACCACCCCGUCAAGGAUACGUCACUAUACCUAGAAGACCGAGAGUACCCAGCUGGUCGAGCACAGCCAGCACACAAAUUCUCCCGAGCACCGAAGCCCAAGAACCUUUAUACGAUAAUCUAGGAUUAAGGACAACAGCAGACGGAAGUUCAGUGCUCUCUUUAAACAAGGCCGGUUUAGAACAACAGUUCUCGCCUAUGAGAAAUAGACCGCUGCCAGCAACACCCACGGCAUUCCCGAGCCCACAUCAAAUGUAUUAUGCACCUAUCGAAGAACAAGAGCCUGCUCCUUCGCCCGUACCACCUGCGUUCAUUCCUAACAGAAAUAGCAUCAGCUCGCAAUUGUCUACACAGUUGUCCACGCCUGGGCCUCAGGAGCCUGUCAAUCAAAGGAUGAGUUGGACCGCAAAGAGUACUUCUACCCCACAACCUGAACCGAGAAAGGCUUUGUUUUCUAAUUCAGAUAAUAGAAGCUUUGACAGUCCAUCGCACAAUCCAGAAAACAACACAUUAAGCCGUAAGGGUAAACCUGAGACUGGGUCAUUGCGGAAGACCAUUCGAACGGAUAGCAAAGAAGAUCCGAGCUCGCCGUCUAAAGACGACACGAGGAAGAAUGAUAAUAACGUAUCAUUAAAUCAAUCAGGGACAUUGGGCAGAAGUGGUAAAAUACCACCCAGACCACCGCCUAAACCUAAGAAAAAACCAACAACUGAAGUUAAUUCCAACGAGCCUUUGUUCGAAGACGAAGGAGAGGACGGCACGGAGGUGUGAGGUGCCGACUAUGAAUACGAACUACCAAGUGCCAAUGAGCUUUUAGUGAUUACGUCAGUGCAGUGAUGAUGACCUGAGAAAGUGCAAUCGGAUAAUUUGUUUUGCGGUGCUCGUGUAUAUAAAUCUCGUGCUAGAUUUUUUACUAUUGCGUAACAAUAUUACGGACCAUUCGGAAGUUUUAACGUAAGUAAAUGUAGUUAGUGUAACAUGCCAGGAAUAUAACCUUGUACAUCUUACGUUACAUUUAAGUAUUUAUUGUUUGUACUGAUUAGGCAGCGUGACGGUAGUUAACUUGCCAGUUGCAUUAUCUUCGUCAUUUCCAAGACUGAUUCCAAAUUGAUUCAUGACAUUCCCAACAUCAGCAUUAACAAAAUUUUUAGUUGUUUGCAUAGAAUCAAUCGGCCCAUAGGAGGAAACAUUGGUCUUAUUUUCAUAGUGAUGCUAGGUUGUUUCUAACACUAGAUAGUUAUUUGGAAGACUGAAAAUGUUUGUCAAUCGCUUUGGAACUAUUGAUGACGUCAAUAGUUCACGUAAAGCGUUCUUCAUUCACUCUUCUAACAAAAUCACACGUGUUGCAUACAAAAAAUGAUCUCAUAUACCAGUUUGAAAGUAUGAAAUUUUAAAAUUGAUAUUUUUAGUUAUAAUUCAAAUAAUUUUGGCAAUUAAAUUUGCAAUAUGUGUGAUUCCAUCAUCUCAUACUAAAAUAUUUAACUUCAUUACUUCUAAGUUAAUAUUAUUUUGGUUUAGCCCAACGGUUUUAUUUUAAACACAAUGUAACGUCUAGCAAUUAUAUCGUGUAU